AAUCUGAAACGAAAGUGAAAUGCUCUCUUUUAAACUGUUGUCAUCUCAUCAUUUGUUCACUUUCUGUUCCUGGUGUGUCAGUCCAACCGAUCCGUUUAAACUGGUCAUCUCAUAUUGGAGACUGUCAACUGCAAGUUCAACAUGUCACAAAUCGGUGAAAUCGAUGAAGGACUCUACUCCAGACAGCUGUAUGUUCUGGGUCAUGAGGCGAUGCACCGGAUGAGCACAGCCAAUGUCCUCAUUGCAGGCAUGCGUGGUCUUGGAGUAGAAAUAGCCAAGAAUGUGAUCCUGUCCGGAGUGAAGUCUGUCACCGUCCAGGAUGAAGGACAGGCAGUGUGGACCGACCUGUCCUCCCAGUUUUUCCUGAAGGAGUCCCAUCUUGGUCAGAACCGAGCCACAUGUUCCCUACAACAGCUGUCUGCCUUAAACCCACAUGUGCGUGUGUCGGCCCACACUGGACCACUGGAUGGCGACCUGCUUCUGCAAUUCCAGGUGGUGGUCCUCACUGACUGCUCACUGGAUGAUCAGAAGCACUUUGGUGAGCUCUGCCAUUUGCGUGGAAUCAAGUUCAUUGUAGCAGACACCAAAGGACUCUGUGGUCAGUUGUUCUGUGACUUUGGGGAGGAGUUUGAGGUCUUGGACCAGGAUGGAGAGAUGCCUGCAUCAGCAAUGAUACAAAGUAUCUCUAAGGACAAUCCUGGAGUGGUGCUCUGCGCAGAUGACCGGAAUCAUGGAUUUUUAGAUGGCUCCAAAGUUUCCUUCUCUGAAGUCCAAGGCAUGACAGAGCUCAACAGCAUCGGCCCUGUGGAGAUCAAAGACCGUGGCCGGUACUCCUUCAGCAUUGUUGACACUUCAGCCUUUUCUGAGUAUGAACGGGGUGGAGUAGUGACUGAGGUUAAACAGCCCUGCAAACUAAAUUUUAAACCACUGCGUGAGGCUCUAUUGGACCAUCAGCUGCUGAUAAUGAAUGAUUAUGGAAAAAUAUCGAGGCACCAAACCCUGCACUUGGCUUUCCAAGCCCUCCAUAGCUUUGUGAAGAAAGAACACCGACUCCCUCGUCCUUGGUCUCAGUCAGAUGCAGGUUUCCUGUUUGACAUGGUGAAAGAGCUGAAUGAAGUUGCAGAGCUGGAACAGCUGGAUGAAGCUGCUGUGCAAAACCUGUCCUACACAGCCCAGGGUGAUUUGGCUCCUGUCAAUGCUUUCAUUGGAGGCCUUGCUGCUCAAGAAGUUAUUAAGGCAUGUAGUGGGAAAUUUACGCCUCUUCAGCAGUGGCUAUAUUUUGAUGCACUGGAGUGCCUCCCUGAAAAGGAACUGGCAGAGUGCUCCUUUUCAACAAGGGGCACGCGGUACGAUGGACAGAUUGCUGUGUUUGGUUCAGCGUUCCAGGAGAAGCUUGAGAGGCAGAAGUAUUUCCUGGUUGGAGCUGGUGCUAUUGGCUGUGAGCUUCUUAAAAACUUUGCUCUCAUUGGGCUUGGUGCUGGAGAAGAAGGGCACAUCACUGUAACAGAUAUGGACUUUAUAGAAAGAUCCAACUUGAACCGACAGUUCCUGUUCAGGUCUCAGGAUAUUAAGAAACCAAAAUCGGAGGUUGCAGCCAAAGCAGUGCGAGAGAUGAACCCACAGAUGAAAAUCACCGCUCACCAGAAUCGUCUGGACCCUGACAGUGAAGGAGUGUAUGAUUACAACUUCUUCAUGGGUCUCGAUGGAGUGGCUGCAGCCCUUGAUAAUGUGGAAGCCAGGGUCUAUCUUGAUGAACGCUGCAUUCAACUCCAGAAGCCUAUGCUGGAGGGAGGAACUCUAGGAAGCAAGGGUCAUACUCUGGUGGUGGUGCCACACCUGACAGAGCCUUAUGGGCCGGGCAAAUCAAGUUCUAAUAAUGCCAUCCCACUUUGCACUCUCAAGAACUUCCCUCACCGCAUUGAGCACACCCUGCAGUGGGCCAGAGACCAGUUUGAAGGACUGUUUAAACAAACACCUGAAAAUGUGAAUCUCUUCCUGAGAGAUGCAGGGUUUGUACAGCGGACUCUUGGCCAAGGAGACGCUGAGGCCCUGGAGGUUCUUGGGGGGGUGUGGAGCAGCCUUGAGGACAUGAAAGCUGGAGGACAACGUCCAACGAGCUGGGAAGACUGUGUGAGCUGGGCACGUUGCAAGUGGGAGUCUCUCUAUAACAACGAUAUCCGCCAGCUUCUGCACUGUUUCCCUCCUGAACAGAAAACUGCUACUGGUCUACCCUUCUGGUCUGGAUCCAAGAGAUGCCCUCACUCACUGACCUUUGACCCCAACAAUACUGUCCAUAUGGAGUAUGUGGUGGCAGCAGCUAAUCUGUAUGGGCAGAUCUACGGAAUCAAUGGGACAAGAGACUGCGCCUCUAUCCGAAACAUCUUAGAGGAAGUCCAUGUACCGUCUUUCACUCCCAAGUCCUCUGUGAAGAUUCAUCUCACUGACAAGGAGAUGGAGGAGGAGAAAAAAAAGGACAGUGAUGAUGCUGAAAAAGCCCGACUUGAGGAGUUGAAAGGAAAGUUGGCCCCACCAUCUCUGAAAAGCUCAGCCAUGCAGAUGUACCCCAUCGACUUUGAGAAGGAUGACGACGGUAACUUCCACAUGGACUACAUUGUUGCUGCUUCUAACCUGAGGGCGGAGAACUACGACAUCCCUGCAGCUAAUCGACACCAGAGUAAGGGCAUUGCUGGAAGGAUCAUCCCAGCCAUAGCUACCACCACAGCCGCAGUGGCAGGCCUGAUGUGCCUGGAGCUGUAUAAACUGGUGCAGGGCCACCAGAUGAUCAGCUCUUACCGCACAGCUUAUAUCAACCUGGCUGUCCAGUACUUUGUGUUGUCUCACCCGAGCCAGCCCCCGCACUUCGAAGUCGCAGGAAAGAAAUACACCCUGUGGGAUGACUUCCGUGUUGAGGGCAGAUGUGACGGUCAGCAGGAAAUGACCUUGGGAGAUCUGCUCCAGUAUAUCAAGGAAAAAUAUAACUUGAACAUCUGCAGUCUCUUCUAUGGAAAAGCUAUCUUAUACAGUGGGCAUGAAGAGAGGCUCACACUAAGUGUGUCUGACGUGGUGAAGACGGUCACCAAGACAGAAAUCCCUCCACACAAGAAGAUGCUGGAGUUGAUCCCCUCAUUUAUUGAAGAUGAGGACUGUGCAUCAGUCCCACCUAUCAGAUACCUGCUCUUGUGAUGCCAUCAACACCAAGUUUCCAGUGAAAAGUCAUCACAUGGAACUGCUUCAAUGUGUCAAAGCAAACUUAAUACUCUUGUGACACUAUGUCAGUUGAAAACAACCUGAUUUUGUUGCUUUACCUUUCGUUUACAAAGAUAAAUAUCUGAAUGAUUUUUUUCCAGUAUCUGUCUAUUUCUUUCAUGCCAUUCAACAAAUAUUUAGCACUUAAUUUUUUAUUGUUAAUCACACUUUGAUAAUGUAAAGUGAGUAAUUCCACAAUCACACUAUUGUCCUGUCCCUUAGCCAUGCCCCCAAAAAUACUACAAAAUGUACAAAACUGUAAUUUCCUUACUAUUAUUACCAGAAAUGUUACCAGAAAAUUCCGUUCGCUAAUGUUUGGUUUUCAUUUACAUGUAAAAUAUGUCUUUUGAGAGGUCAGGCUAAGAGGUUGUGAAGAUGCUUGCCAAGGCAUAUGGAUUAGAUGAUCUGGUGCUCCAGUGCUGGCCCAGUUUCAAGGUUUAAUUCGGGUCAGACUGAACACAAUGUUGAAGGGGUGCAGUCAGAACAGGCAGUUGGCACAGUAGGUACAGUGUUUUGACGAUUCUAGGUGCUCUUGCCAUCUGGACACAGCUGUCUUGUGUAAAUCCCACUCCCAAACACACAUGCACCCCCCUCCCUCACAGAAGAAUCCUAGAGCUGGUCAUAGUGGAGAAGCUGGACUCAUCUACAAAGCCUUCAUCUGUCUUCAGAUUGUUCAGAUGCAAGUCCUGCCCUUUUCCACUACCUCACAAUGUGUUACACUUCACAUUAACAUGGUGUCAUCUUUACAAUACUCUACUCUCCCAGUUGGCUGUGUUUGAAUCUUGAAUAAAUGUGUCUAUGAGGAACCAUGUUA